CAGAAGCCAUUCGAAAUUCUUCUGGUCGGACGAAAUAUGUUGUCCGCAAACAGUUUUCUUAAGCGAAGCGACGGUGAUGGAAAUAUUGUCGAUUGUGCAAGUGAAAUAAGUGAAAGUGGAAUAUCAAAAUCUAGCGCAGUGAGCUCCAGUUCAGUUGGAAAAUCCAGUAGCAUUUGCAGCAAUCAAACAUCGCGGAUACCUAAAUGUGCACGUUGUCGGAAUCAUGGUGUUAUAUCCGGACUUCGAGGACACAAAAAGCAUUGCAUAUACCGAAAUUGUCGAUGUCCGAAAUGUGAACUGAUUUUGUCACGGCAGAAAAUUAUGGCUGCACAGGUGGCACUCAAGCGACAACAAGCGGUAGAAGAUGCUAUCGCAUUACGCCUUGCGUCUACAGAAAUGGGCACACAACUAAAAGCGCUUCCACCCGGGAAAAUCUACGGUAUGACUAUAACGGAACCCUGUUCGUCACCUCAACUGGAACCAUCAUCGUCCAUGGACAUUUGUUCAUCAACAUCCAGAACUAUCAGUGAAAAGAGUGUUGUUGAUGCUGAAAGCACCAAACCUACAAAUACUGUAAAUACUACUCCUGUGUCGCAAAAUGCUCUGGACAUGUUGUCACAACUUUUCCCUCAUCGAAAACGAUCUGUUCUUGAACUAAUUCUCAAACGCUGUGAUCUGGACUUGCUGAAGGCAAUUGAGCAGUGUAGCAAAAGUACACCAUCCAGUGCAUUUAAGCCACCAGUUUCCUCGACAUCACUGCUGUCACAUCAUCAGAUACCUUUCACUUCAUCCAGUCCACCCAGCUAUCCAUCGUUGAUUGCCUAUCCAAAAUGGUUACUUCCAAUGUCUAUUCCAGUGCCAAUGGGACACUUAGCGCCAAGUUUAGCACCGCGAUGUACUCUACCAAAUUGCAUGAUGUGUGUACAUCAUCCUGUGUAAAGAUGAAUGCCAAUACAUUUAGUGUAGACUAGAAUCUGUUGUUUAACUGUGCUUAAGAAAUCUCACAACAGGAAUACUAUGUGUAGGGUAAGGCAAGGUUACUUGAAACAGAGCAGGAGUGUAUAGAUAUGCGCCAUUGUCUGAAAAAUCUCUACCAAGUUGCGUUUUCAGAAUUUGCAAAUUUUGCUUGAUUGCUUUUUUUCUUUGAAUUACUGACUCAAGUUAUAUUGACGUUUCAGAUGUUUUUAUAUGUAAAAAUGUCUAAAGAACACAAUUUCAUAAUUUUCAAAAAAAAAACAUGUUGCGAGAAAAAUGAAGUUUUACUUUUAAACUGGAAU